AUGCCGUCUGUGCUGUGAGUUGUGGAAUGGACAGGGCCGAUUCAGCCUGCAGAGAGAGGAGAGAGACCAAUAUUACCUCACAGAGAAUCUGUUACAGAAGGGGAUACUGAACAAAUUGUACACCACACCACAGAAAUAUAUGAUUUACAGUAGAUAUAACCACUUUCUAAUGAUCCACUGUGUGCUCCCCUCUCCUGUGUCGCCGGGUGGUGCCUUCCUUAAAAUGUCACAAAUACCCCAUUUAAGUAUAAUUCAAGGCAGGUGAAAGAAACCAUUUGAUUGGAGUGGAGGGUGGAUCAUGUGGAUACUUGUCUCCUUCCACCCGAGGUGUAGCCCCCUAUCCCAACCCAUCACUCACAGUGUAGCCUAAAUCAUAUAUUGUGUAAAUACCAUAUGCAGUAACUGUUAAAGUGAAAGUGUAUUGACAGUAAUUUGGGGAUCAGGGUGUAGCCAAACUAAGAAUGCCUACCCCUUCUACAGUAUGCCUAGGAGGCACAUAUUUUAGCAUAGUUGAGUGCGUGCAAGUUGCGCCAGCUAGCAGUGUGUGUACGGAUGCACUAAGUAGCUGGGUCUAGGUUAUGUGUUUUUAGUGGUUGACAAUAAUGAGAAGGAGGAUAGGAGGGAGAAGACAACAGGUCAUGAGGUUUGAGCAGGGAUACAUUAGAUAAGUGCCCCACUGAGCUGAAUUCAUUGGGAAUGGGCAUUAUGGGUGAUUAAAUACCAUGGUAACCUGACCCCACACAGCUCCCCUUACUGUACUCUGCCUGUCAAUCACAAUGAAAACAAAGCAUGGAGUAUUCAUCUCUACAGCACAUGCAUACACGCAUGGCUCCCGUUGCUACGUUGCUACCCAUUCGUAUUCUGAAGGCGCUUUCCUCCCUGGUCUUAAAGCUUCGUGCUGACUCAAUUAGCCAAUUCCUCACGUCAAUAUCCCUGGGUCUGAAAUUCCAUUUGAGUAGGCUGUGGAGCGUGCGUGUGUGUGUGUGUGUGUGUGCAUGAUCUGCAAUCCCAAUGUGGCUGCCGCCUGAUUGCAUUUCCACCUGUGUCUGGUGGUCUCACUGUACCUCCGAGGAGUAUAAUACGAUCACUGACAUAUACUCAAAAUACACACACACACAAACACACCACAGAAACAAACACACAUACACCAGCCCAACCUCCAGUGGAUUUAUUGCAUACACACAACACAGAAACAAAUAUAAUCCCACACACACUUCUCUCUUUAGGCAUCUGGCUCUUUACCAGGGAGAAGACAGCUAUUCAGUGGCAGAACCAGCCCUAACACACACUCUCAGCUCCACCAGAACAGCGUUAUGUAAACCUAGACUUAGUACAGCUGGGAGUCAUUGUUAUAGAAUCUCUGCAGUGUCUGCAUUAUCUAACAACGUGGAGCUGUGCCACGUGGAGGGAAUAUGAACCUGCCCACCUGUUUCUGGGUUUAUCCUGUAGAUCUCAUUACUACUGCAGCGUGAUAUCUCUGCAUUAGGGACGAGCAGCAAUCAAAACAUAAACUUGGUUGUUGUUCCAUCAUUUCCAACUUCUCGUGUGUGUGUGUGUGUGUGUGUGUGUGUGUAUAAUACCUACCCAAUACAACAUGUGACUGACAGAUUCUUAUUUUUCCAGGUAUGACUAUGUGGAGGUGCGUGAUGGCGUGGAUGAGAAUGGUCAGCUGGUGGGGAAGUACUGUGGGAAGAUCGCCCCGUCACCCGUGGUGUCUUCUGGGAACCAGCUCUACAUCAAGUUUGUGUCCGACUACGAGACCCAUGGAGCAGGCUUCUCCAUCCGCUAUGAGGUCUUCAAAACAGGUGAGAGGAGACCGAGUGUGUAUGAAACACACACACGAUCACAAAAUCUCAUCACACUCACACACACACCAAACACACAGCUCGGGACAUCACUUCGGAGAAGAGGGAUGAUAUACAGGAGACCGAGACAGCUAAUCAUGAGUCUAAUUAGCAUAAAGAGGAUGUUUCUCCUCAUUUCGUGGUUUGUUUGUCAUUUAGUCCUGCUGCUUAAUGCAUCAAGGUAUUACAUAUGCUAAACAAUAUGUCUCCACACAAGCAGAGGAAUACUUUUCCCCAUGUGUAUAUAACUGCCUUAAUGCUGCUGGAGCUAAUGGGGAUCGUUAAUAAAUACAAACACAAAUAUUCUCCAUAAAAACCAUCUGUAGCAACUGAAUGUAUUUCUCUGUUUGUGACACCACAUCAUCAUGGUUAAGUGGAGAAAGUGAGUCACCAAUGGUUUAAAGGACCUGAAUGAAGGAAGAGCUUUCUCCUCUUCCUGCUUCUGAUAAGGUAAAUUCAUAUUCAUAUAUUCAGCUGUCGUCGAAAACCCUGAGAAGUUCCUUCCUCAACAAUACUCUCAGGGGAUGUUCUUCCUCCUUAUCUGAAGAUCACACAACAAGAGGCAGAGCUUCCUGUUGUUGCCUUGGCUUCCUGUGUUUAUGGAUGGCUAGGGAAAGGAUUUCCAUUAUAGUGACUGGGAGAGAAGGAGGGAGGAGGACACAGACAGGUGCAACAGAGAGCAGACGCCACUCUGAUUAAUUAACCCUCAGCUAGUUUAUGAGAUGACCCAGACACUCAGAGAAGAUGGAAGCCCUGACAGGGCCCUCUUUUUAAUCUCUGAAGUGUGUGUGUGUAGGGGUAGAGUAUGUGUGUGGAAGGGGGGGUAUGUGUGUGUAUCCGUGCGUGCGUGUGUGUCCCUUUGAUCUGAUGUAAAUGCGCCCACACGCCAGCUGCCUCACACACAUCUCCCCACACUUCAGUGAAGUGCAGCAUUCCCAUGUUGAUGAAGCAGUUCAAUUGUGCACACCACAUUCCUCUGAGGAGGUGUUUCCCAGUCUCAUCCAUUAAAGGGACUGAUUAGAAAUGAGCCGUGUUAGGGCCCCUGGGCUAUGAGGGAUGGGGGAAGAAGUGCUGAACGCAGGGCGUUGAGAUAUGGAGAAAUAUGUACUAUUGAUAUACAGAUGUGUUUUCACCGACAGGAAAAUAUGUAAUAUUGGAGGCUACUGGAGACUACCCAGGAUGCUGCAUACUGGGAUGUUUUGGUCCAGGACCAUCCCCUGUAGAGCUGGCAUCAUGGUUGUGCAGUCAGACUGGGCCGGUUCUUCUGUGGCAGCCAGGCAGCAGAAGCUUGUUUAGCUUUGAAACCAGCGCUGUGUUUUGACUACAGCAGAGCCGGUUGCCGCCGAGGUGGCGGCUUUGAGAUCAAUUCAACCAAAGUUAUGUGUCGGACCCCAGUAAGAUUAGCUGUCGCCAUUGGCGUCGGCUAAUGGGAAUUCUAAUAAAUCAAACAAUUAAGGAUGUGUCCCAAAUUGUGCCCGAUUCCAUAUUUAGUGCACUACCUUUUCUCCAGGGCCCAUAGGGUGCCGCUCAAAAGUAGUGCACUACAUAGGGAAUAGGGUGCCAUUUGGAACGGAACAUAAGUGUCCAUCCUUUGGUUUAGAGAGCAGCCAGCUCGGUGAUUAGGUAAGCGUAUCAACACCGGGGUGGUAUUAGCCAGAUAGCAUCAGCAGAUUUGUGUUGGCUAACACAUAUAAACUUAAUGAUGAUACGCAGAUGUUGAGAUAGCGCUGGGGAAGUAAUGCAAGGAAUGCCGUGCAUCUUAAUGAGUCUGAUUGGAGGAAUACCGUGUGUACAGUACUAGACUUGAGGUUAUAGGGCUGCUUCAGAGAAUGGGUUCAUAGGUAAAUGAGGGGUCAGGGGUAAAUGAGGGGUCAAGGUCAGAUGGGAAACAGGGUACAUACACACACACACACACACACACACACACAUGCACACAUGCAUAGACACACAUGCAUAGAGACACAGACUCUCUGUGAUGAACCUGGAGCGCAGCACUGGCUCUCAUCAGCGGUGCAGUCAGCAGAGCAGAGCAAUGUAUAAUUGGGAGAAAACAGGUUGCUUGUGGUCUUCCACCGCCUUUCACAUCUCACACACACACACACACACACACACACACACUGGUUUUUCAAUCCAGGGAUCUUAAUUAGCCUGGGCUAUUUAUUUUAUGGGCAGUAAAUUGUCGGCCUCGCUCCACUGACCGAAAACAGUCAAAGAGAGUGAAUGAUGAAAACCGAGAGAGAGAGAGAGAGAGAGAGAGAGAAUUAGAGGGCUGAGGAGAGGAAUAAAAGAGAGCUGAGAGAGGGGAUAAGCCCAGCAUAUGUUUAUGGCUGCACUCAACUCAGCGGCAAGUAGAAAAGAGAACGCACUGUAACUGUGGUACCGCUGGUGUUGUCUACUGCUGGAGUCCACUAGGGUCACCAAAACAUAUGUUAAACUAGGAUACAGCUCCAGUCAUCAUCUGCUAACCCCUCCAAGCCCACCACCACCACUACCACCCCUUUAGCCCAAAUGGUCACUAUUGUCCGCCUGUCCGGAUUUCAGAAGACAUACAGGCCAUCCUUCCUGACUAGAAACCUUUAUAUUUAUCUUGUCAUCUUGUCUUCCUCAAGUGUCUCAGAAAAGGUCCCUCUCCUUCUGAAAGAAGCCAUAUGCUUCUGCUUAACAGCUCUGCAAUUUGUAACUCUCAGAGCCACAUCAAGCCUGGCGCCGGGCCCAUUGAAGUGGGCAAAGCAAGAGAGAGCGAGAGAGAGCGCGAGAGAGAAAGAGAGACAGGGAGAGGGGUAGAGAGGCAGGGAUCAUGCCAAUGUUCCUCCCUCUGUCCCUCCUCUCCCUGAUGCUGCUCACUGGGAUGGAACUUGAAGAGGGGAUUGGGAAGGAGGGGAGAGGAGGGGAUGAGGGAGGUCCUCUGCCCUGCCUUUAAGUGAAAAGCCCAAUCAUUCCACAUUUCACCGACCAGAGCCGUUUACAUGUUCCUGCUAUGCGAGCGCUUUUUACGAGGACACCUGUGUCAACACCCAGGAGAGAAGGAGGGAGGGGGGAGACUGAUGCAGGGCACGUGGACCAUUCAGCUUUCAUCUCAUGAGCGCUCUCAUAGGCACAGGUCACAUCUGGCACAGGCAUUCUCCGCACACACACACACACACACACACACACACACACACACACACACACACACACACACACACACACACACACACCUAGCCCCCAUUGAAACUUAAGACCCAAACUCUCUCUUUAUACUUAAGGCCCCUCAUUCAUGCUCUGUCUCAUCCCUAACUGUCAACACAGGAAGAAAUGAUGUCAUCAGCAUGUUGACAUGCUAAAUGCCUGUCAGUGUGUCAGAAAGAGAGAGAGUGUGUGUGUGUGUGUGUGUGUGUGUGUGUGUUUUUGUUUGAAUGAAUGACACACCCCCCCAGCUGUAGCUUCAGGUUAAUAUUUGAUUAUGUGUCCAAAGAGUAACUCUCCAAUGCCCAUUAACCCGUCUAUCAGUGUAGCUACAGGGGAGGAAACGUCCAUCCAGAAGUAGCUAGUUAUUAGGCGGACUGGGCUAAUUAUCAACCAGAUCGACACAUGGAAAAUAAACAGCAGGGAUUUGCUCAGCAGACUUAGAACAACACCUCAGGACAUUAAGGCCCCGGUCCCUAAUAACCCUGACCAGGCAGAGAGAGAGAGAGAGAGAGAGAGAGGGGCAGUCAUGUCAAAGGCAUGUGCCAUGUCAACCAAUGAUUAACCACACAGUCUUACAGUAGUCUCCUUUCACAAUCUAAAGAAACGUUUUGAAAUGUUAAAUAGAAAAACCUAGCCUAAGGAAAACGUAAUCAGGGGACAAGCAUGUUGAAAGAGGCCCCAAGUUGGCUGUUGAAAUCGUAUUUGUUGAAGAUUUGGGUACGAAACGUAAAUCCUUAGCACUUUGGGACUUUGAGGUUAGAAGAUGUGAAAGAUAUAUUUAACAAGCUGUGACUUUGCCCUGUUAAAUAAACUCCCAUAACUCUACACAAGAGAGGGAGUAACAUUACCCCACCCCCACUGGAGAUAAAGCUCAACAUAUACAAGUGUGUGAAAGAUGUCCUCUAGAAGCCAUUACAGAGGCCUGUAAACGUCAAAGUGAGUGCUUAGCAUUCUUUCAUAAACAGUGACUGUUUCAAAUGGCACCCUAUUCCCUACAUAGUGCACUACUUUAGACCUUGGGGAAAAGGGUGCCAUUUGGUGUGUAGUCACUGUGUUUUCGAGGCUGCAGCUCGCCUCAACAUCCCGUCAUAAAUUCUACUGUUUGUUUAAAUCCAACAUGCUGUCUGAUCUCUUUCAGAUAAAGUGAUAUGUAGGUUUGUGUGUGUCUGUGUGUGUGUGUGUGUGUGUGUGUGUGUGUGUGUGUGUGUGUGUGUGUGUGUGUGCCUGCGUACAAGCGUGUGUGUGUGUGUGUGUGUGGUGGCGGUGGGCCCUGGCAGGUAGAGGAGCGGGUGGUGUUGGGAUGCGUUCGACUGAGCUUCGCUCUGAGAAGUUUGUGUUUUUCGGGGAGAAGCUGGAAUGUUUACAGACCCUGUGCAUCUUAGUACGGCUCGGCUCUCGGUGGCGAUGCGAUUCACAAACAACAGUAGCAAAACCAGAAAGAGACAGACAGGGGGUUGUGGGUUAACAAUGCCACAUUAAACAAAAUAAAAUUAUUGUAAAAUUGACUGUGUCCAUAAAAUGUAUAUAGUAUGUAUAAGCUGAAAGUAGAGGCCUAAGCAUUGUUGUUCACUAGUUUACUCCAAUUAGGGAAGGGGUGGUGGGGUUGGAAAGUAAUAAAGGGGAAUAUAUUUUUUUAAAGGAUAUGUAUAUGUGUAUGUAUGUGUAUGUGUAUAUAUAUAUAUAUAUAUAUAUCUAUAUAUAUAUAUAUAUAUAUAUAUAUAUAUAUAUAUAUACAUGUAUGUGUGUGUGUGUGUGUGUAUAUAUAUGUAUAUAUAUAUAUGUGUAUGUGUAUGUGUAUGUGUAUGUGUAUGUGUAUGUGUAUGUGUAUGUGUAUGUGUAUGUAUGUAUGUAUGUAUGUACACGACGCCAGGACAGCGGAGUCACUCACCACCUUCCGGAGACACUUGAAACCCUACCUCUUUAAGGAAUACCUGGAAUAGUAUAAAGUAAUACUUCUACCCCCCCCCCCCCCCUCCCCCACCCCCCCAUAAAAAAAGAAGAAGAAAAAAGUGGUUGUCCCACUGGCUAUCGUAAGUUGAAUGCACCAAUUUGUAAGUCGCUCUGGAUAAGAGCGUCUGCUAAAUGAUGUAAAUGUGUGUAUGUAUGUAUGUAUGUAUAUAUAUAUUAUAUAUAUUAUAUAUAAUAUAUAUUUAUUUAUUUAUUUAUUUAUUAUUUAUUUAUUUAUUUAUUUAUUAUUAUUUAUAUAUAUUAUAUAUAUAUAUAUAUAUAUAUAUAUAUAUAUAUAUAUAUUUAUUCAUUUAUUUGCGAGAAAAAAAAACAUAUGGGGGAUUGGAAGUGAUGCAGACAAUUACAUUGAUGGAAGUUACAAUCUAUCUGCAAUAUUAAAGCGGAUCUACCCCACAUUAUUUGCCUCCUGAAGCUGGCCACACACAUACACACACACACACACACACAUGACAACACACACACACACACACACACACACACAGUAAAAAGCUCAACUGUAGCACAUAAAUACCAUGCACGCAACACAAAGCAUCGUGGGUAGAGAGGUAGCUAGAGACAAGAGGAAUUUCUGAGGAAUGACCUCUUGUACAGAAGGAGAUAAAAUGAGACCAAGAAGAGAUCUGUUUUCUGAUUAUCUCUUCAGGGGAGACUGGACCUUUCCUUUAUUCCAUCUAGACACCCACACAAAAACACACUAUGGCCGCUAGUUUGCCCUUCCCUGUCCCUCUUUUCUCAGUGGCUGAAUGAAACUAUAAAAGGUAUGGAGCCGGGAUGGAGGAGGUGGUUGUGAUAACAUGUAAUUAUGGUACACAGAGAGAACGUAGCGGAGACAGACAGACAUGCUCUCCUGUUACCCACUAGCCUAGCGUUCCAUCUCUCCCACUCCCUUUGUCCUUUGAUCCUGUAUUGAGAUAGCCCUGCAGUCCUAGCGAGCGGCUAGCGCUGUCCUCUCCUCUCCUCACACAGGCAUUGGGAGCAAAGCCACACAAUCGGAAAGGAUUAUUAUUUUUUUAUUAUACAUUUUUGUCUGAAAAUAUUUUAUUUUGGCCAAAUUCUACACUUGUCUAACAUCAUAUGUGAUAACAGUGACAGAAAGUGGCAACCAAACAGAAAACUCCUCUCAGACAGAGCUACAGUCUGGAAGCCAUAUCGAGCUGUUCUUUCUUUAAAUUGUAUAUCCACUGUGAACUCAGCAGCAGACUGUAGUCCACUUAAGGGCUGUCGAAGUCUUCUUUCCAUGGAGUAGCCGGUUGUCUGGUUCACUAUACUCUACACACACCUGUGGGCCCCUGAACCUCCCUCCGUCCCCCAACUCAGCUGACCCCAGGAUCAGACUUUAAGUGGAGGCCAACAGAGUUCUGGAGGACCACAUCCAUGGGAAUGAUAUUUUAGAGAAGUUAAAAUCGCUCUCUGGUCUCUCCUGGUUUUCCAAAGGAAAAGUUAAUGGCCAGACCCGCUGUUUUGAAAACCAGCAGCUUUCAGAGCAGCACUAAAUGUCAACUCGCAUCACAGUCAAACCGAACCUGUGUUCCUGCCUUGCCUUGACCCUGGGCUCCCGAGUGGCGCAGCGGUCUAAGGCACUGCAUCUCACUACAGACCCUGGUUCGAUUCCAGGCUGUAUCACAACCGGCCGUGAUUGGGAGUCCCAUAGGGCGGCGCACAAUUGGCCCAGCGUCAUCCGGGUUUGGCCAGGGUAGGCCGUCAUUGUAAAUAAGAAUUUGUUCUUAACUGACUUGCCCAGUUAAAUAAAAAAUGUAAUUCUUCCCAUCAGCCUGCCCUCUACCCCUCCCCCCCAAAAAGCCAAGACAUAAGCCACUCUCCUCUCAUUUCCAAAGUGUGUCAGACAGAUUGAAGUGGUCCUGAUGGUCCUGAAUUAGGGGCCCGGUGAGAUACCUGCAGAUGACUAAAUAACAGGGAAAAAAACGUUUGCCACAUUCACUUAAGCUGUGUGGGCUGUUACACUUGUAUACAGAGCUCUAUCUAGCUAGCCACGGAUGGUGAUGGCUCUGCCUCAAUCAGCCUGCGCCCAUGGAAAGGUUGGUUGUCAGAAUAACAUGGACAUGACGUUAACCGCUGCACAGUUCUACAACUAAUGGUUGUAAUGAUAACAUGAGUUAACAAUGGUUUAGUCUUCUCUGAUGGUGUGCCGUUCAUCAGACGUAACUGCUAAUGGUCUCUCUCGAGUUAGAAUACCAGUAAAUUGUUUUUAUGCAGUUUUUGGUAUUUGUCCUGCCAAGUGUCAAGCAGUGUUAAUAAAUCAUACUUGUCUGGCCAUGAUGCUGUGUAGAAUGACGAAUGUGUGAAAUCUGCUCACUUCCCUCAUCAGCUGAAAGCCUUUUCUCCACAGAGCCAUGAGUAAAUGUUUUGACUUGUUGGUAUAAAACAUAAAACUGGCAAAUGUAUGUGUGUGUGUAUGCAGCCCCCCUUGCCUCUCAUCGCUGAGACUGUCAUUUUCUCUAAGCACUUCUCAUAUGUCACACAGACGUGUAAUGAGGGGGCUGGUGUGUGUGUGUGUGCGCGUGUGUGUGUGUGUGCGCGUGUGUGUGUGUGUGCAUGUUUAUUCAGUCCCAUGCUGGUGAUUGAGGCCUUUCUAUGAUGUUUAUACUCACUCAGCCUAAAUGUUACAGCAACAACAGAUUCAGCACACACACACACACACACACACACACACCCACACACACACACACACACUGAGGGAUACAGAAGUGUGAAGUCAACGACAGAAAGAGAAUAAGAAGCUGAGAGAGAGAAAAGAGGAGUGGUGUGUAUUGUCCAGGCUUUGGUCUAUCAGCAGCCCAUUGAAUGAAUGACAGCAAUUUUGAGGUGGUCUCCCUCUCAGGGCCAUAAAGCACCUCCUCAAAGCACCAGCUGGAUCACAGAGCUUCUCCAUCACAAACCAUAACAAGCACAAAGGAACACACAAACCAUAAAACAAGACACUAAAAAGUAUCCCUUUCUUGAUCCUCUUCUAUCUUAUUUUCUUCCUCUCUCUCUCUCUUCCUCUUUCUUUUUCUUUAAUCUUUCUUUAUCUCUCCUUCUUUCUCAGUUGCAAAAGAGAUGUCAAAGUUUAAUAAAGGAUACAUCCAUUCAAAAUCUCUAUUUUCCUCUCCUCUUCUCAGGUCCGGAAUGUUCCAGGAACUUCACAUCUAACAGCGGGGUGAUAAGGUCACCUGGUUUCCCAGAGAAGUAUCCCAACAACCUGGACUGCACCUUCAUGAUCUUCUCCCCCAAGAUGUCCGAGAUCACCCUGGAGUUCGAGAGCUUCGAGCUGGAGCCUGACACCACUCCUCCCACCGGGGUCUUCUGUCGAUACGAUAGGCUAGAGAUCUGGGACGGCUUCCCUGGAGGUGAGCUACAGUCAUAUAUCUGGUCAGAUAUAGUAUCUUUGUUAGCGUUAGUAUUAUACACUAUGGUAAUAUAAACACACUGAAUAGGGUAAUGAAUGUGGACUGGACACACAGCCUAGUUAUCAUGGCUAAAUGCCAAACAUGUCCUAGUUCUGAUACUCUACUGUACUCCCUUUCUUCCCGUACAGUCACCUAUUGUGUUGGGGGAGUUGUUUAUGUUUGUCAGUUGGGAGAAGGCCAUGGUAUGUAGACAGGGAUGGUACUCCACCCUACUGUUGAUCGGUCAGGAGUGGACUUUCUCUGUCCAGAUACAACUUAAACCCUUUGUCUAGGUUGGGAUUUAGUUGUUGUUUCUUAUUGAAUUUAAAAUGGCUUUGAACAGUGCCAGACUUGCCUCAGGAAUGAUAUAGGUCUAUAAUUUCUCCAAAAAGAACAGUGUUGAUUAAACCGGCUGUGAAGACCUUGAGGGCUCAGUCUAUGUCACAUUAUUAUCACUUUUAUUUUAAUCACUCUGUGAAUUGCAUCAAGAAAACUGACAUCUUUGAUAAACAAUGGGGAAGUUUGCCAUGAAACUAGAGGCAGAGGCAGAAGGCCAUGGGGGAGACAGGGGAGACAUAGGGGGAGGCUGGGGGCCAUGCUGUGUGUCAGGCCCUGUCUGAGGGCUGGGUACAGUACCUGUGGUGCCUUUUGGAUCAGUAGUGCAUUAGCACGGAAGGCUGGAGGCGCACUCCUCCCCCCUCCCUCUAUCUCCCCUCCCCUUCUCUCCCCCCCACCCCCCCUCCAUCUCCCCUCCUCCCUCCUCCAUCCUCUCUCCUCCCCCCCUCCCUCCAUCUCCCCCCCCCCCCCCCCCCCCCCUCUCCAUCUCCCUUCCUCUCUCCUCCCCCAAGAUCAUAGAGACAUGCAGAGACACAGAGUUCACAGCAGAGCAUUUAACAUUUCUAUAGUGCUGUUGAGUCAUUCAGAUAAUCUAGGAGAGUCAUGCCCCCCCCCCCCCCCCCCCACCACACACACACACACACACACACACACCUCCUUCCUGUGUUAUGAUGAUGAAUCUGAGCCAUCAGACUCCUGCCCUAGCUCCCUUUCAUCUGUGUGCCUGGUUGUAAGGCCUGGUUGUACAUGGCAUGUCAGAGUGAGGGGAGGUGUUAGGUUAAGAGGGGAGCAGGGUAGCAGCCUGGCCUUCACUCGCCACUGAUCACAGGCUUACUAAUCAGAGAUAAGCACCAGGCCUCCAGACCUGCUUAACAUCUAGACAGAGGAACACACAGACAGGCACGUAAGCAUGCACACACACGCACACGCACGCACACACACACACAAACACACACACACAAUGUGGCACAAACUCAUUUAGAGUGCUCAGUAGAACGUGUGCUGGUUUGACUUUUAUUGCAUUUUUCUUUUGACAUUCUCUUAUUCCCUUGUUUUUCCAUCUCUCUGUUUCUUUGGUCUUUCUUUCCUCCUUUUCUUGUUCUUAGUGGCUUUUGAGAAGUCUCUCCACCGUGGCCAGACCAUCACUCGCAUUAAAAAAGGCCCAGGAAUUUAUGACUGGUGCAAAACAAACAGAAACCUCGACCUUGUUUCGUCUUAACAAGGAGUCCCUCUUCCUCUCUCCCUCUCUCUAUCUCUUUGUGUUUUUUGGGCAUGUUGGUGUCGAAUGUUAGGCCUUUUUCCCAUGCCUCUUUAUGAGGUUACUUAGUGAAAACCCUCUCAGGUCUAACACAAAUACAGCCCCAGGUCUUAGGUCCUCCUCAGACCUUCAUCAACACACUAGUUAUCUCACCUCUGUGGGUUUACUGUGUAUGAACACCAAUGUGACAGACCUACGGCGAGCAAAUACUGACUUAACUCCUAACUUUACACACACUCCCACCUUACAUUUAACAUUUAACAUUUUAGUCAUUUAGCAGACGCUCUUAUCCAGAGCGACUUACAGUAGUGAGUGCAUACAUUUUCAUACUUUUUUUCAGUUGUAACCUUGGUGACUGACUAUCUCUAUCUCCCCCUCUCUCUCCCUUUCUCUCUCUUUCUCUCUCUCUCCAGUUGGUCCGUACAUUGGGCGGUACUGUGGUCAGAACACCCCUGGUCGUAUCAUCUCUUACACGGGCAUCCUGGCCCUGAUAAUCAACACAGACAGUGCCAUCGCCAAGGAGGGCUUCUCUGCCAACUUCACCGUGUUGGAACGGACCAUGCCAGAAGGUAAGUGA